UUGUUGUCAGCUCGCGUGUUUGAAUUUUAAAUUCGGUCGUGUUUUUUCGAGGUCGAUUUUCUUCUGUGAAAUUAUUUAAAAAUUCUUCAUUACUGUUGUGUUGUAAAUAGCUUUAACUACGUAGAAAUGCGUAAAAGCCUCGCCCCGAGCCAAUGUUCCCCGGCAAACGGUGCCUUCAAGAGUCCGUUCCUUAACGCUCCAAAGCGGCCCCGGGAAUGUCGCGAACGGAACAGCAAGCUCAAGGACACCGGCGGCGGUGGUCCUUCCCCACCGAAGCUGUCCGCGUCCGAGUACGAAAUGAUGAUCACGAAGAUCCUGACGCGCCCGUUCAAGAUCCCCAUCGAGAACUACAUCCCGGAACACACGACGCGGUGCCUGGGGAUGAAGCGGCCACCGGCACGGCGCUCCCUGCACGAUCCGUACGCGUGCAACGCGCUGGUGCUGUUCACGCCGCAGGAACUGUCCGAGCACGACAAGCUGAAGGCGGACCAGGGCAAGGCCCAGGUUCACGUCGUGGUCGAUCCGCUGCUGGGGAACAUUCUGCGGCCACAUCAGCGCGAGGGCGUGCGGUUCAUGUACGAGUGCGUCACCGGCAAGCGGGGCGACUUCCAGGGCUGCAUCAUGGCCGAUGAAAUGGGACUUGGAAAGACGCUGCAGUGCAUCACUCUGCUGUGGACGUUGCUGCGGCAGAGCCCGGACUGCAAGCCGGAAAUCAACAAGGCGGUGAUCGUUUGUCCGAGUUCGCUGGUUAAGAAUUGGUACAAAGAGUUUGGGAAGUGGCUCGGAUGUCGCGUAAAUUGUCUCUCGAUCGAUGGAGGUUCGAAGGAGCAAACGACGAAGCAGCUAGAGCAGUUUAUGGCCAAUCAGAGUGCGCGCCAGGGAACGCCGGUGCUGAUCAUCAGCUACGAGACGUUCCGGCUGUACGCGGGCAUUCUGAACAACUCGGAGGUGGGAGCGGUGUUGUGCGACGAGGGUCAUCGGCUGAAGAACUGCGAGAAUCUCACCUAUCAGGCGUUGAUGGGACUGAAGACGAAGCGGCGGGUGCUGCUGUCGGGGACGCCGAUUCAGAACGAUUUGACCGAGUACUACAGCCUGCUGCACUUUGUCAACCCCGGGAUGUUGGGCUCAUCGAAUGAAUUCCGCCGCCAGUUCGAGAAUCCCAUCCUCCGCGGCCAGGACGCCAACUCGACGGAAUCGGAGCGAGAAAAGGCCACCGAACGACUUCAGGAGCUGUCCGCGCUCGUAAAUCGCUGUAUGAUCCGCCGAACGAGCUCGCUGCUCACCAAAUACCUGCCGAUCAAGUUCGAAAUGGUCGUCUGCGUGAAAAUGACCGACGUCCAGACGGAACUGUACAAGAGCUUCCUCCAGUCGGACUCGAUCCGGCGCUCGGUGCUGGAAAAGUCCGAGGUGAAGGCCAGUUUGACGGCGCUGUCGAACAUUACGGCGCUGAAGAAGCUGUGCAACCAUCCGGAUUUGGUGUACGAAAAGAUUAAGGAGCGCGCGGAAGGGUUCGAGGAGGCGUACAAGAUCCUGCCGGCGAAUUACAGCGCGAAGGAGGUGCGGCCGGAGUUUGGCGGGAAGUUGAUGGUGCUGGAUUGUAUGCUGGCGAGCAUCAAGAUGAACACGAACGACAAGAUUGUGCUGGUGUCGAACUACACGCAAACGUUGGACCUGUUUGAGAAGUUGUGCCGGAAGCGGGGUUACGGGUACGUCCGGUUGGACGGAACGAUGACGAUCAAGAAGCGCGGGAAGGUCGUGGACGAGUUCAACAAGCCGGACUCGAAGGAGUUUAUAUUUAUGCUGAGCUCGAAGGCCGGAGGAUGCGGGUUGAACCUGAUCGGAGCGAACCGACUGGUGAUGUUCGAUCCGGACUGGAAUCCAGCCAACGACGAGCAAGCGAUGGCGCGGGUUUGGCGCGAUGGCCAGAAGAAGCCGUGCUUCAUCUAUCGGCUGCUGGCGACCGGCUCGAUCGAGGAGAAGAUCUUCCAGCGGCAAACGCACAAGAAGGCACUCUCGAACACGGUCGUGGACAACGACGAAGACGGUCAGCGGCACUUUACCCAGGACGACCUGAAGGAUCUGUUCCGGCUGGACGAAGCGACCAUCUCGGACACGCACUCGAUCUUCAAGUGCAAACGGUGCGUCAACGCGAUCCAGGUCAAGCUGCCCCCGGAGGACAGUGACUGCACCUCGGAUCUUGCCCACUGGUAUCACUGCGCCAACAACAAGGGCAUCCCGGACGACAUCCUGUCCAAGUCGUGGGACAUUACCAAGUGCGUGUCGUUUGUGUUUCAUCACCGGUCGAACAGCGCCGUCGUCGAGCAGCAAAUUGCCGAGCAGAAGCGGCUGGACGCGGCGAAGGGUGGGAAGAAGAAGGAGGAGGAGGACGACGAGGAAGACGUCGUAGAAGCGAGCGAUGAGGACAAGGAGAACGACGACGACGAUGGGUCCGAGCCGGAUGACGGAAAAGACGAGGAUUUCGUGCUGUAAGAGAGAGAGAGAGAGAGGGAGAGUUGUUAUUUGUUGGCGUUUGGCGAAAUAAACAUUUAUUAAACAAUAA